CGCUACGCUUGGUUUGCUUACUAGAAGGAAAUUGGUUCAUGAUCUUCGUGUUUAUUUCGUAUACGAAGUGAUUUAGUUCAAAACAAGAAGUGCUCAUAUCCCUGAAGCUUCCAUCAUGAGUAAUCGGGAAAUUCAGGGUUCGACGAGGGUGACUAGGAAGGGACUCAAGACCCUGCAGCACACGGCUUCUGACCGAGAAAACUUAGUUGGCAGGCCUUCAAAAACUCUUAAGCAUCAAUUGAGCCAAGAUUCACCAGUUGAUGUUGAAGUCAAGCGCAAGAAUUUGUCGACCAAGGAGACUCAAGCCAACUUUGACACCAAGAUAACUGCGGAUGACCUCACCAAUCCUGAAGGAGCAUCGGAGAAGUAUUGGCAAAUCCUAGCGGAGAAGCGCCAAGUCGCUUUACAAGAUGCCUUGGAUGAGAAUGAGAAGCUCCGCCAAAUGAUUGAGGAGCUAAAGGAAAAGAAUUCAGAAUACAAACAGAUGUUGGAGGAGGCCAACAGUUUCAUUGAAGUCAUCAAGGAGGAACUGAACACAGGCAGCAACGAUGACACAGGUAUUGACGUGAACGAUGUUAGCACGGCCGAUGAGACCUCAGAAGACCCCGAGCCCGCCCCAAAGACUCCCAAAAAGAAGUAACUUGUAGUAAU